GACACAUGUUGGAGAGAAAUCUGCCAUUUCAAAAUUCAGUUCCCACCACACCACUGUACAGCUAUGACUUCAACUGGAGGCCUCAGGGGAUUUUGGAUAGUUGCACUGCUGACUCUUCAUGGUGCAAAUCUAGGAGAUACCCAAAGAAACUCUCUCAAUGAGCCGGACGUCCCUUUCCCGCCCGCCUGUCCCACGGCUCUAAACCUCGCUGCCAUUUGCCAUCAGGGUGAGGGUCGACCCAGAUACCCGGCCAGCUUCUUCCCAGGCUCCGGUGCCAGUCACUUCCGCCGUCGUGGAAACGCCAUCAACCGUCUGGAGUCGUGGUACAGUUUGUGCUGCGGUGGACAAGUGGCACAGCAGAGCCACCAGAUCCUCUGCUGCGCCCAGCAAGCUUGGAAACAAGCUCUGUCUCAGUUCUGUGUGGAAGAAUACGCCACUAUGACUGUACCAUAUGAGUGCUGUGAGAACAGAGGAGACGCACGGUGGAAGUGCUUCGACAGCGAGCUGCCAAACCCCAACUACAACCCAACACCAGGCUACACUGCACCACAAGUCCCUGCGGAGCUGGGAUUCACCUUCAACGCAAAUGCUUGCUAAAGGUGAAAAUAGAUGUCAGUGUAACAUGAAAAUACAGAUGGUGUAAAACAAAAAUGAACAAAGCAGUUUAGUAAAUGUAUCUGUCGGUGAGUAAAUAAAGAGAUGAAUCUAAUGUGUUCAGAAGAAUUUGAACAAGAAGAGAAAAUAAAAAUUCAUCAGUCAUAUAUGGAAGAUAAUGCUGAGCUAUUGCUUUGUAUUUUUUCUGCAGUCUUUGUCUCAGAUGCUCAGAGGAGGACAAGACAUGCCGGUUUGGUUUCUGCUGUGUAAGAACAAUAAAUGCACAGUACAGUUUUUAUUUUGUCAGCUCUAUAUUUUAACCCAGCUUUGUCACAACAACAGAAAAACCAUUAAAAAUUGGUAGUAUUGUUUGUUACCACAAUAAAGCCUAAAAUGAAGAUAUACAAGUUCUCAUGUGCUUUUUUUCUUCUGAACAAUAGUGGACUUGACAUAAAUUUGGAGAGACACCAUCUUGGCAGCUUCAGGAAAAGACAAAACUGUUGAGUUUUGAAACAAGUUAUGAGAUUUUUCCCAUCCCUGCACUCAUGUAAUAAAAAAAAGAGUCCACCAUGGGUCACUGUUGCGUGUGGUAGUUAUGUGUGUGACAUUAACAGAUCAAUAAUCAAUAAGAAAAGUUUAACUGACCUGCCUCCUGAAUGGCAAUGUGUGGUAAAAGUCACGAAUAAAAACUUUGAAACAUCUCAA